GUUGGAUUGGCCGCGCGCGAUAACGGUAUUUGGGCAGUCGCCCUGGGUUAUUUUGUUUGGGCAACCCUCGCAAACAAAAUCGAUUGUGCGUAAUAAUGGAAAUGUUUUAAAUGUUAACAAUUUACAAGUUAACUCAGCUGAUGUUACUUGAUUGAAUGUGGUAAAUAUGAGGGCCAUUCCGAAGUGGGUUGAGAAAAUCCACGAAUCCGCCGAGAAGAGUGAUGUCGCUAGCGUCCAUUCUAUUUGUUUUCACCCGGAAGGAUUGCAUGUCAUUAUCGGAGCCGGGGAAAAAGUGCUGGUAUAUGAUCCAUCCGAUGGCAGUAUCAUAAACUCCCUGAAAGGCCACAAAGAUACUGUUCAUUGCGUGGCGUAUGCCAGGGAUGGAAAGAAGUUCGCUUCGGGAAGUGCGGACAAAACGGUCAUCAUCUGGACCAACAAGCUCGAAGGCUUGUUGAAAUAUUCUCAUGGCGAUUCGGUUCAGUGCCUUUCGUUCAACCCGAUUUCCCACCAGUUGGCUUCCUGUGCGGUAUCGGAUUUUUCCUUCUGGUCCUCUGAACAGAAAGCGGUACAAAAAUACAAAACCAUAGCCCGGGUUAAUUGUUGUGCCUGGACUAACGAUGGGCAGUAUCUGGCGCUGGGUUUGGCUAACGGUAUGAUUUCGAUUCGCAACAAAGCUGGUGAGGAAAAAAUCAAAAUCGAACGAGCCGGUGGCGUCAACAGUCCGAUCUUCGGACUUACCUGGAAUCCUCCGGCCAGUGGAUCCUCGGAUGUGUUGUGUGUAAUCGAUUGGAGCCAAACGCUGUCGUUCUACACCCUGGGCGGACAAUCGAUCGGGAAAGAGCGGAAUCUGGGCUUUGAUCCUCUUUGUUUGAGCUUCUUCCCCGAUGGGGAGUAUCUGAUUAUUGCUGGAUGCAACAAGGCGUUGCAACUAUUUACUCGGGAUGGAAUUCGGCUGGGAAUGUUGGGAGAACACCACGACUCGUGGAUCUGGGCUACCGCUGUUCAUCCGAUGGGAAGUUGCAUCGUGGUCGGUUGUCAGGAUGGUACCCUAGCUUGUUACAGUCUGGCCUUCAAUACCGUCCAUGCGCUGUAUCGGGAGCGCUAUGCCUAUAGAGAGAACAUGUGCGACGUUAUCAUCCAACACCUAGUUUCGGGCCAAAAGGUUCGCAUCAAGUGCCGCGAUCUGGUUCAUAAGAUCGCCAUCUAUCGCAAUAGGCUAGCGGUGCAACUUCCCGAAAGGGUGGUCCUUUACGAACUGAGCUCGGCCGAAAACCAACCGAUGCACUACAAGGUCAAGGAGAAGAUUGCUAAGAAAUUCGAAUGCAGUUUGUUGGUGGUCUGUGCUCAACACUUGGUGCUGUGUCAGGAGAAAAAGUUGCAGAGUUUGGAUUUCAAUGGCGUUUUGCAGCGAGAAUGGAUCAUGGACAGUUUCAUCCGAUAUAUCAAGGUUACGGGCGGUCCAUCGGGUUGUGAAGGGCUGCUACUUGGGUUGAAAAGUGGUCAGGUGUGGAGAAUAUUUCUGGACAACUCGCUACCGAUUUUGGUUACGACUGUAUUGUCAUCCGUUCGCUGUCUGGAUUUGAACUCAACCAGAACUAAACUGGCAGUUGUAGAUGAUGCAGGACGACUGGUGGUACGUGAUCUGACGACCGAUACGAUGCUGUACCAAGAUGCGAAUGUUAACUCUGUGGCUUGGAAUACCCACUUGGAGACGAUGCUGUGCUACUCGCACACUACGGGUGGAUUGAGCGUCCGUGUUGGAUCGCUGCCUCCUCGCAGUCCACAGUCAAUGUUGGGAGUAGUGGUCGGUUUGUGCGGUGCCACAGCGUUUUGCCUAAGAGGAAAUGUGAUGAGCAAUGUGCCUUUGGCUUUGGGAGCGACUAUGUGGCAGUUUGUCGAGGCUGGAUUGUUUGAAGAUGCCUAUCAAGUCGCAUGUUUGGGAGUACCUUUGACAGAUUGGGAAGGACUUGCUCAAGCCGCUAUGGAAACCGGAAAUUAUCAGGUGGCCCGUGAUGCUUAUGUGAGAGUGCGCAAUUUGCCUUGGUUGGAGCUGAUAAACGACCUUAGAGAACGACAGAAAAGAGGAGACACUUCUAAAGAAAUACUGCUGGCUGAUGCGUAUGCGUUUAGUGGAAAGUUCAAGGAUGCCGCUCGAUUGUACCAGAAGGCCGGGAAUAAUAGUAAAGCUCUAGCGAUGUACAGUGACUUGAGGAUGUUCGAUUUGGCUCAAGAAUUUCUGAAAGAGGGAAGCGCAGCCGAUAAAAAAGAAUUGAUUCGCAGAAGGGCCGAGUGGGCUUGUUCUGUACAUGAGCCUAGAGCUGCAGCAGAGCUACUUCUUUCCGCAGGAGAGUCUGAGCGAGCUAUUGAGAUAGUUGCCGAACAAGGUUGGACAGAUGUUCUGUUAGAUAUCGGUAGACGUCUGAAUGCAUCUGAGAAGGAUUCUCUUGAGUUGAUCGCCACCCAUCUACGUAGAUUAAAAGCGUUGCCUUUAGCUGCAGAAAUUUAUCGUAAACUAGGUGAAGAAGAGCAGGUAGUACAACUCCACGUGGAGGCUAGAGAUUGGCCUGAAGCUUUUCGAUUGGCAGAACAUUUACCUAAAAUUUUACCUUCAAUUCACUAUCAACAUGCUCAAUGGUUGGCAGAAUCAGAUCAGUUCAUUUCAGCCCACGAGGCCUAUGUUCUCGCUGGGAAACCAAAUGAGGCUACCAAAUUGCUACGAAAUUUAGUGGAAUGUGCCGUUUCUGAAGAACGUUACUUGGACGCAGGAUAUUAUACUUGGCUACGAGCUAAGCAAAUUCUAAAACUCAUGGAAGAUGAAACAACGAUAAACGAUUCAAAGAUUGCAGAGUACAAAUCGCUGUUUAAGUUGGCAUCAAUCUACUAUGCUUAUAGCACUUUGAAUUCUUAUCUCAAAGAACCGUUUACAAGCAGCCCUCCAUUAACAUUGUUUAACACCAGUCGAUUUGUUGUUAACCAAAUUAAUGGGUUAACUCCACCAAAGGGGAUCAGUUUAUUUGCCGUAUAUUACACGCUCUCGAAGCAAGCAAAAGUCCUCGGAGCCAAUAAGCUUCACCUACAGAUCAACAACAAACUUCAAUCGUUGAAGGCCCCUCCCGGUAUCCAGGAACAAGUAGACAUCAGCUACAUCACAAGUCGGGCGUGUCCGGGGGGUUUCAACGAUCCGGAAGAGUAUCUUCCGAUGUGCUAUCGUUGCUCGAAUUACAGUCCGCAUCUGCACGGAAAUCGGUGCCCAAAUUGUCAGCAGGAAUAUGUUUUUUCGUAUGUUUCGUUUGAAAUUCUGCCUCUGGCAGAAUUCGAACCCGCACCUGGAAUACCAGAGCAAGAAGCGGAGCGACUUCUGAUGGCACCACCCAAGGCUCACGAUUACGGCCAGCAGGAUCAAUUCAUUCAUGAGGACAUUAUCGACACCUUUCAAUCGCGGUUGGACAGGGACGCCCUGCGGGCUAUUGAUCCGAGAGAAGUGAUUGUCAUCAAAGGUCCGGCGCCGUUGCCCACCAAAUACUAUCGGAACUUGCUGCCGGAGCUGCAGAUAACGGUGUGUCCGGAGUGUUGCAACGCGUUCCACUCGGAAGAUUUUGAGCUGCAAUUUCUACAGAAAGGGCACUGUCCGUUUUGUCGCAUUCCGGAGGAGAGUCUCGUAGGAUAAGCUUUUGUGCUUGUGUCUAGCAUAUAUGAAAAAAUAGUGUGAUCUCAAUCCGUCCAGUUGAUGUAUUUUUAAUCUAUUUAUUAUUUUAAGAUUGAAACACUGAUAUGAAAUAAUGGAAAACAUUUUUUUUUAGCACGUCAAUAAAAAAUAAAUAAAUCUAUUAUCA